ACCCGCACUGCAGCAGCCACUAUGAGCAUUUCGCCUUCUGCGAGUCUUAGCAUCUGCAAUGUUCCUUGUCCCGUCUUUCCUUUCCUCAUAACCAUUUCCUAAUUUCACUCCUGUAGCCCCCUCUCGCUCUCUCUCUCUCCCCACUUUUCCUCUCUUUUCCCCGGCAUGGCCUCUGCUUGUUCCCAGAUUCCAUCUACUAGCCAGCAAGGAAACACUAUAACAUUCACUGCCGCCCUUCGGAGACUCGUCAACAACCCCGACUUCAGUGAUGUUAAGUUUGUGGUGGGAAAGGAGCGUCAGGAGGUGUUUGCACACCGCUGUAUUCUUGCCUGCCGCUGUGAGGUAUUCCAUGGGAUGUUCAGCCAGCAGCUCCAGUCCGACAGACCCAGGGAACUGCUGGACGUUCCUGUUGUACUCUCUGACGUGCAGCCUGAGGUUUUCUUGGCUGUGAUUGAGUUUCUGUACACCAAUUGUGUAACCUUGAACAAUUAUAUUGCUCUGGAGGUGUUAACUUCAGCUGUGGAAUACGGACUGGAUGAUCUUCGAAAGCUUUGUGUGGAAUUUAUCACUGACACUCUGACAGUGGAGACGGUCUGUGAAGCUAUGCAGGCUGCAGUAACAUAUGGCCAGAUUGAUAUGAAGGAGAAAUGCCUGGGGUUUAUUGAAAACUACACAAGGGAAAUUGUGAAGACCCGGGGGUUUCAUGAGCUCUCUGACCUGGCCCUGGUGUCCAUUCUGCAGAGCGGCUUGCUGCUGAUAGAUGAGCUGGAGCUGCUGUCCGCUGUCCGUGAGUGGGCCAACGUCAACUCAGUGGUUUUGGAGCGUCCAGUUCCUGAUGUAGCCAAAGACAUUGUGAGGGAGCUGCGACUUUGCCUGCUAUCCCCAGAGGAACUUACCAGGCUAGAGAAUGUGAACCUCAAAGAUAACCUCAUUCCUGUGGAGCAGAUUGCAGAGGCCUGGAAGUUUCACGCUCUGAAGAAAGGAAGUCUGGGGGCUCAAGCCCAUCUGCUGCAGAGACGCAAGGGCACCCGACCCCGAGACCACCACCGCUACUUAAACCUGCCGCACAAGUAAAAGAGGGGGGUGGGGGGGUUCCACAAGGUCAGCCCCUACACCCCCGUUCCUUCCUUUUGCGCUGAAAAAGGAGGUGACAGGUCCUGAUGAGACAAAAGGGAGCUGCUGCUUAUCUAUCCGACUAGAAUAUGCAAAGAAGUAGGCUUACACUCGGGACCCUGGCACUGUUUUUCUAUAGACUGAAUCCCAUUAUUCAAACAGAGGCUGCGUGCACCUGUCGAUCGAUUUGCUGCAGCACUGAAUCCAUGUUUACAUUAACUUCUAAGAAGAGGAAUGCUAAUAGGAUAAAGCUAAACAGUCCCAUUUUGAGCAGGAAUUAUCCUGUGAAGCUUGCCAAAAAAGGAAUGCUUCUAUAAUCUGAAAUCCUCACUUUUAUUAAUCAUUUCUGGGUUUUAUACUACAGUUUAUAAUCACAAUAGCAUUCUUGGAGAAAAGCGUUAACAUUGGAGAAUCCCUUUCAUCGUCCUUUAUUGUCAGGUUCUCUGCUGGGCAGAAGUGUUGCUCUACUUCCACUUGUAUCUGAUAGACUGGCACUCUAUCAGAUUUAUACAAGCAUAUUAAAUUUGUUAACUACCAUGUGAUCCAUUGCUAGUUUACAAACAUAUAUCACUGUACAGUAUUCAAAAUGAUUGUGACUGAUCUAAUGGCCUGUGUAUAUGUUUGGUUUUUAUAGUAGUUGUGUGGCACAAAGAAUAUGCUAACAUCUAAAUGGGACUACACAGCAUAUACGACAGAGUUUGGCUUUGCCUUAAGUUAAAUUUAAGAAGUUUCUGUCUUGCAUUUUCAGCAUGUGAUAAAUUCUGUCCCCCAGUCUAGUCAAAGGUUCAGUUUAAAGCUUUUGUUCAAAGAAGUUCAUAUACAUCCUUUAGUAUAAAUUUAUCGGUGAUAUAUGUUUUGUUAUUAUAACUUUUUCAUGGGGAUGCCAUGUGUGACCAACAGUCAAUCAGACAAAGCUAUGUAUACUGUGCAGUCACACGACAGCUUGUGACACUGUCCUAUUGAAGUAGAAUAACAAAGGGAAGGCUGAAAUGCUUGCAUUGGCAAUCUUCAAAACAUGCAUUGUGAUUAUAAUUCGAAACAAAAAUAAUAAUUAGUCUGAAAUAAAAAUGCAACACAUUUGGUGUACUUUAAGAAUCCUUUACCAAAGCUGACAGAAAGGAUUGAUAAUGCCGAAUUGUUAUUGGUCCAUUAAGUUAAUAGAAUUAGUUGAAUGUAUACCAGUUUACUCACAUUUGUACAAUUCUGAGAUAGAUUUUCCAAGUUAUUUUUCCUUUUUAGGUUUUAAAAUUUCUUGGUGAAAAGAGGCUAACCUCCUUUCUUUAGUCAUGCCAAAGAGAAAGCUGUAUAUAUUAUUACUCAGGUAGAAAGAACCACCGGUCUCCAUGGGAAGAGAGACUAUUGUGAUACAUUCCAAAAUGUAAAGGUAAAUUAUUUGUUAUGCUAAUAUAUUUGGAUAUUUUUGUUCCAUUAUGUGUCCUGAUAAUACUGAUGAUCCAGGUAUGGUAUGCUUAUGAACAUUGUACAUAAGAUAUAGAAGUAAAAAUAAUUCCACACUUGCUGACAAAGGCCAAAAUGCCUGCACUACUAGCUAAAGUGAAACAGUGGGGUUUUGUUGUGGACCCUGAAUUCAAGGAGCUUUUAUAAUAUUCAAGACAAUGAUUCAAAGGAUCUGCUGUUAUAGACUGAGAAUGGUUGUCUGUUAUUGGUACAUGAAAUAGACUAAUGAUUUAUCGUUGUCUAAAUUAUACAUUUUUCUAGUUUCACUGACAAAAGCCAUAGACCUUUGGCAUGCGCAAAGAGGAAAAAGAAGCAACAAUGUUAUGUUCUUUCCGACCCAGCGACUAGCAUCGUGGUUGUUUGUUUUCUAGUCUCUCAGACGUGGCCUUCUCUACUUCAUUGUGGAGCUAGACAGGGUCUAUAUUUACGUUCUAUUUAUGUUUUUUUUUUUUUUUUUUUUUAAGUGACAAAGGCCAGCAAGCUCUUGCCAACUGUAUGUUUCUUUAAACAAACACAAGUGUUAAUUGUUUUGUAAGACAGUAGGCAAAGCAGUGUUGCAAAAUGUGUUUUUAGCCUUUUGGCUUUUCUGGCUUCAGCAAAAAGAACACCUUACCCCUUAGCAUUAUUUUGUGUUUAAAUAGCUGACAUGACAGAAAUACCACAUUGAAAGCUGCCUUUGCAGACUUUUUUGUUAGAAAGAUUAAACAAAUUAGGGUACAAGCGGUUCAGCCAAACAACAUAAAUCUGACUGCUUUGUUUCCUGGAAGAGUCUGGUUCUUUUUCUGUGCUAAUAUGAGGGUGAAGUAUUGUAUACACUUAAAAAAGGAUGUACCAUCUGCAUAUAUUAAUAGUCAUGGUUGUACACUUACAGGUGUAAAGAUCAAUGGUUGAUGUGUUGAUAGACCAAAUUGCAACCAUCACACUUUGUGUUGCAGGGCUUUUCUGUGAAAUCUCUUGUAUGCAUCAGACUGUAUUGCUGUAAGUGGUGGACACAUCCAACACUUGAAUGUGAUGAAUAUGGUGCCUUGUGAAACAUACUGUAUAUUACAACCAGAGAUUAAUCCAAAAAGAUAAAAACAAUUUACAAUUUCUGUCAUUUAUUUACUGUGCCUGAACUGUGUUUAUUUUAUGUUCGGUUGACCCCAAUCUGCAGGUUGAACAGGAGAUUGCCCAUUGUCAUCGUGGGUUGUUUUCAGGUGUCCAGAACCAUUGCUCAGGGUGAAAGAACUGAUCUGAUAGGGAGAAAACAGAUUUAUUUUAAUAGGAAAAACACAUUAAGAACAAAAAUGUCUAGAAUAAAAUAAUUAUUUUCUGUGUUUACCGGCAAAUGCAAAUUUUUUUUGGUGUGCGGUUACAGAAGAAGCUCAUUUGUUGUAUGUUUUAACUGCAGAUGUUAUAUUAAAAACAUGAUGUUGGAUGCUAAGUACACAAUAUGAUAAGUUCAGCAAGUGUUCAAUAAGGGUUAACCUCAGCAGAAAACAAGCCUGCAAACUUGAAUACCUCUUUUACAGUUUGUUUUUAUUUUAUUUAUCUUUUGUUUAAAUGUUUUUUUUUUUUUUUUUUUUUGCUUCUGUUGCCAUACUCCAAUCCUGUGCUAUUUUAAAUUACCCACCCAAAGGAAAUAUUUCACCAAAGCUGUGGCUGAGGGCUCUUAUUUCAGACAGCUGAUUCGGAGGAGCUGUUUUUCUGUAGUUAGGUUACUUUGUAAUGCAGUUCUCGCUCACAGGGAACAUGAUUGAGGUGUGUUUACAAU